ACUUGUGACGUCGGGAUUAGCUGUCAGGAAGGAACUAAAAGAGGUGGACAUUUAAUGGCGUUGCGGGACGUUUAAGCAGCGAUCCGGGACUGCGGGUUUUAUUAAGAAAAUCGGAAGUGUUCUGCGAAAAACGGACUGUUGGGCGGUAUGUUGUAGCCCUGUUCCUAACACACCCUGCCAGGGCUCUCUUGCGGCAAUGGAUUCCCUUCAGAGAUAAUGCAAGCUGCUGAAUAUUCUGCAUUUGCAAAAUGUCUCCCUCCAGAAUUCAGAAUGUUGAAGCCAUGGAACAUACAGUAUUCUAGAUGAUUGUACUUGCAUUUAUUGCAUUUUAUGCAAGCAGAAGCCUUAUACAAGGUGUUCUGUUACAUUUGGUGCACCAUAGGGUGUGUUUAAAUGAACAAUUGGGGACCACUAAUAUGGGGAACACCUGUGUAUGCCGAGAGGAGAGUGGUGUGGAGGACAAUAUUGAUUCUCCGAGUCAACUGACAGAGAACCGCAUAACCACUGCUAUUGAAUCUAGAAAUCGCCCAAGGGAUCCAGUAAGACCUCCACGGAGAGCCCGAGGACCACACGAACCACGGAGGAAAAAAGCAAAUGUGGACAGUCUUGUGCUGGAUACUUUGGCUGUGAUCAGAACUCUUGUAGACAAUGACCAGGAGCCACCUUAUUCCAUGAUCACCCUGCAUGAAAUGGCUGAAACAGAUAAUGGCUGGCUAGAUGUGGUGCAGUCUUUAAUUAGAGUCAUUCCACUUGAAGAUCCAUUAGGUCCAGCAGUCAUUACAUUACUUCUGGAUGAGUGCCCCUUACCAACAAAGGAUGCUCUCCAGAAGCUGACAGAAAAGUUACAUUUAAGCGGGGCCACAGCAAUCCAAGAUUCCUGUAAUCCUGCUAAACACCGCAAUACAACUGCAGUAUUAGGAUGUUUGGCUGAGAAGUUGGCAGGCCCUGCUAGCAUAUCUUUACUUGGACCUGGGAUUUUGGAAUAUUUAUUGGAAAGUUUGAAUAUCAAAUUCCAUCCCAUGGUCAUUCUCUUUGCACUUAUAGCACUGGAAAAGUUUUCACAAACAAGUGAAAAUAAAAUUACUGUUUCCGCUUCACAAAUCAGUGAUUGUCUCCUCUUACUUGAGACUUGGAUAAAUAACGGAGACUUUUUGAAGCGACAGGUUGGAUUUUGUGCCCAGUGGAGUCUAGACAACCUAUUUUUAAAAGAAGGCAGAAGGCUGACCUAUGAGAAAGCAAAUUUGUCUUCAAUUAAUGCCAUGCUUAACAGUAAUGAUGUGAGCGAGUACCUUAAGAUAUCUCCAUAUGGAUUAGAAGCUCGAUGUGACGCUUCUUCCUUUGAGAGUGUCCGCUGCACUUUCUGUGUUGACUCUGGUGUAUGGUACUAUGAAGUGACUGUUAUUACCUCUGGAGUUAUGCAGAUCGGCUGGGCCACGAAAGACAGCAAAUUUUUCAAUCAUGAAGGAUAUGGUAUUGGGGAUGAUGAGUAUUCCUGCGCAUAUGACGGCUGCCGGCAGCUGAUCUGGUACAAUGCUAAAAGUAAGCCUCACCAGCAUCCUUGUUGGAAAGAAGGGGACACAGUGGGCUUUUUAUUAGACCUACAAAAAAAACUCAUGAUUUUCUCUUUAAAUGGUUGCCAACUUCCUCCGGAAAAGCAGGUUUUCUCGUCUGCAACAUCUGGUUUUUUCGCUGCAGCAAGUUUUAUGUCCUAUCAGCAAUGUGAGUUUAACUUUGGAGCAAAACCCUUCAAAUAUCCACCUGCAAGUAAAUGUAGCACUUUCAAUGAUUAUGCAUUUUUGGCACCUGAAGAAAAAGUUAUAUUGCCCAGGCCUAGGAGGCUAGCGUUGUUAAAACAAGUGAGCAUUCGAGAAAACUGCUGUACCCUUUGCUGUGACGAAUUAGCAGACACUGAGCUGAGACCUUGUGGACACAGUGAUAUCUGCAUGGAAUGUGCCCUGCAACUUGAAACUUGCCCAUUGUGCCGCCAAGAGAUAAAAACUCGAGUCCGACAGAUUUCACAUAUAUCUUGACAUUUGUGGAGGAGAGAAUAUUUCCCUUUUGAAAAGGACAACAAACCGAUAAAUGCAAAUAUCUGCAAUUCACUUUUUUUUUUUCUGCUUUGACAAAAUGGCCAUAUUUUAUAGCAGUAACCGAAUGUGGAUGAAUCUGGUCUGUCAUCGGCAUGAGGAGAUUGACACGGAGCAGACAGCGCAUUUACAAGAUACUCUGGAUGAUCUCAUUUUUGGGGGGGGGGAGUUUUGCACUAAAUUUAUGCAUCAUUGUUUUUGCAAAAAAAAAAAAAGAAAAAUGUAACAAAUUGUACCAUACUCUAAAGUGUUUAUUUUUGGCAGACAAAAUACAGUAUUUGACCAUUUUUUUUUUUUUUUAAAUUCGUGUAGCCGCCUGCUGGUCAGUGGUUUUCAUUAUUAAAAGUGGAUCAUGGGGUUAUGGUUAGCGAGUCAAAACUUUAGGGCUUAAUUUAUUCCAAAGAAUAUUGGUUACAUCUUCAGCAAAUGAUACAGGUGUAAAUGUUCAGGUUUUUGUAAUCUGUGCUCACUAUUGGUUUAUGAGAUUUGCAAAUCUUUUACAAUAUUUAUAAGUGACUUAUUCCCGUUUUUCCCCCCCAAGCCUCUCUUGACAUUGUGACCAACCAUAUAACUAUUUAAUCAUGUAUUUGUACUGAUGAAUGUUGUUAAUUGAAAGUCAUUCAUGCUGUAAAUAAGUACAUGUUAAAAAAAAACAAAACGA